GAGAGACUACUCCCUUUCCUCCUCCCUCCAGGAGCACGUCCAGACACAAAUAGAGACUCAGUCAGUCGAGUCUGGAUAACUCAGAGGAGCUGCUCCAACUCUGAAGACUAUUGUUUUGGAACAUGUAAUGCAGAAAACAUUUCAUUGCAGGAUUUCAACUACAGUAAGCUGUCCUAGCAUUGAUUGACAGUGCUCUGUCUGGACAGUACUGUAACUCUAUCUAGAGGUGUCUGCUGAAGAACUUAGCGAAGUGAAAGGGACGUUCAUCCUGCGAGCUCCAUUUAUGUGAAUGUACUUUUUCUGUGAUUGAAACUUCAGGAAGGUAUUUUAAACUCGUUGGUCUUUUUGACACUUUCUGUUGAUUCUAUCUACGACUCGAGGAGAUCUUUGCCUGUCUCUGUUCAGGCAUGACGGGUCAGGAGAGGAGUGAGGAGAAGAGUGAGUGUGUGUCCCUGUCUCCGAUGAUGGAGGCUGUCCCUGCCCCACCUGAGAGUGAGAGGGUGUGUGUGUUUGGGACGGGGGACCUGGGGCGCUCUCUGGGCCUGCGUCUGCUGCAGGCGGGGUACGGUGUGGUGUUCGGCAGCCGACGGCCCCACAGCAGCAGCAGCCUCCUACCCCACGGAGCACAGGUCCUGGGUCAUGCUGCAGCUGCUCAGUCAGCCCAUCUGAUCUUCAUCGCUGUCCAGAGAGAACACUACGACUUCCUGGUACCACUGGCCAAUCAGCUGAAGGGAAAGGUGUUGGUGGACCUCAGUAACAACCUGAGGAAGAAUCAGUACCCAGAGGCCAACGCAGAGUACCUGCAAAGUCUGGUUCCUGGAGCUGAGGUGGUUAAAGGCUUCAACACCCUGUCUGCCUGGAGUCUGCAGAAUGGACCUUCAGAUGCCAACAGACAGGUGUAUAUCUGCGGGGAAAGUGUGGAGGCCAAGCAGGCGGUGAUAGCGGUAGCCAUCAAGCUGGGUUUCAGUGCCCUGGACCAGGGAUUUCUCUCAGUGGCCCGGGAGCUGGAGGACUUCCCCCUACAGCUGUUCCCCCAGUGGAGGCUCCCCCUGCGCAUCGCCAUUGGCCUCAGUGCUGCCUUCUUCUUCUACCUGCUGAUCAGAGACAUCAUCUAUGCAUACGUCACCCAGAGCAAAGACAUCUCCUUCAGAAUCAUGGUCUCACUGGCCAACAAGGUGUGUCCCAUCGUGUCUCUGAUCAUGCUGUCUCUCUGUUACCUGCCUGGUGUCCUGGCUUCCUUCCUGCAGCUCUACAGAGGCACCAAGUACAGGCGUUUCCCUGAUUGGCUGGACCGCUGGAUGCUGUGCAGGAAACAGCUGGGUCUUCUGGCACUGGGAUUCGCCUUUCUGCACGUGCUCUACACACUGAUCAUACCCAUACGGUACUAUGUGAGGUUCAAGGCCACUGAACGCAUUGUCUCUAUGAUCAGAGAGAACAGGACCACUCAGUUUGAUACGACGACGGCCUGGCGUGGUGACUCCUACUUAUCCCUGGGAAUUCUGGGGUUUGGCCUGUACGUCCUGUUGGGAAUCACAUCUCUUCCCUCAGUCAUUAACGCUCUCAGCUGGAGGGAGUUCAGCUUCAUACAGUCCAAGCUGGGUCACCUGACUCUGCUGUUGUGUACGGCGCACACCUACCUGUAUGGCUGGAACAGAUUCCUGAGUUCCUCCACCUACAAGUGGUACACCCCACCGGGCUACAUGCUGUGCCUGGUGCUUCCCUCUGUGGUGCUGCUACUCAAGCUGCUGCUCAUAACCCCCUGUGUGGACCGAACCAUCACCCGCAUACGACAGGGCUGGGAAAGGGGGGCAGAUCAGAGGAACCCUAAAGACAGCCAACCACUGAUACCUUAGAGGACACACACACAGACACACACACAAUAACACCCUCAGUGAACUCUUGUUUCUUUGCUAUUGUACCCUCAGAGGUUGGCUACCAUUCAAUCAACGUUUGCCAUGUUUCUGGGAUCAAAAACCAACAAUAUCAUUUAAUUGAUAUGCAGUCGUAUUUAUUUUGA